AGGCAUUCAAAGUAAAUAUAUCAUUAUGUAAUCUCCAUAUAUACACCAUAACACUCUCUCUGAUUUCUAUCCAUUUUUCAACUGUCAUCUCUCUUUCUCUCUUUCAUCAUCCUGUUUCUCUUUUGUCUCAUCUUGGCAUAUAUCAAUUCAACAGCUGCUAGAGUAAUUCCAAAGUGAAGUACAUAUGCAGCAUCAUAUGUUUUCAGUUUCCACACUGUGAUGGCGAUAUUAAUUCUGCUGCUUAUUGUACUGUUCGUUCAUUUACACGGUGGUGCUCAUCACAAAGAGUCAAGAGGAUUUACUGCAACGAGGAAGGCUUGUGAUUUGUCUCAGGGAAAUUGGGUUCCUGAUGAAUCAUACCCUCUUUAUAAUACCUCACAAUGUCCCUUUAUUCUCAAACAAUUUGAUUGCAUAAGAAAUGGUCGUCCUGAUAAAAACUAUGUCAAGUACAGAUGGCAGCCCAAAAACUGCAACUUACCAAGAUUCAAUGGAGCAGAUUUGUUGAGAAGACUGAGAGGGAAGAGUAUUUUGUUUGUGGGGGACUCCUUGAGUUUGAAUCAAUGGCAAUCACUCACUUGCAUGCUUCACACGGCUGUGCCACGUGCCAAGUACACCUCAGUCAGAACUGGGGGUCUAUCCACCUUCACUUUUCCGAGGUAUGAUGUGAAGGUGAUGCUUUCUCGUAAUGCAUUUUUGGUGGAUAUCGCAAGUGAAAGGAUUGGUAGAGUGCUGAAAUUAGAUUCGAUUGGAGAUGGAAAAAGGUGGAAAGGAAACGAUAUACUGAUAUUCGACUCUUGGCAUUGGUGGCUCCACAUCGGAAGAAAACAACCAUGGGAUUUCAUUCGAGAAGGAAAUCACACGUACAAGGACAUGGAUCGUUUGGUUGCAUACGAGAAAGGCUUGAAAACAUGGGCGAAAUGGGUUGAAGACAACGUUAAUCCUAAAAAAACAAGGGUGUUCUUUCAAGGAGUGUCUCCAGAUCAUCUAAAUGGAGGAAAGGCAAGAUUCUGUGAGGGGCAAAUGGUGCCAGUUUCUGGAUCAAAGUAUUCACAUCCAGCUGAGAUAGUGUUACAGAAGGUGUUGGGAAGCAUGUCAAAGCGUGUGAAUUUGCUGAAUAUUACAGCAUUGUCACAGAUGAGAAAAGAUGGUCACCCAUCUGUUUAUGGAUUUGGUGGAAAAAGGAGCAUGGAUUGCAGUCACUGGUGUCUCCCUGGUGUUCCUGAUACUUGGAAUUUGCUUUUAUAUGCAACUCUCAUUCAAAAUUAAGCUUUAUAAUAAACUUCUACUGUAAAAAAAAAAAGUUAUAUAAAUCAA